AAACCAAAAAUAGAAAGAAAAGAGAAAAGAGAGUUCUCACAAAUGCAAAACUCUUCGUAGAACUAACAGUAACAGUCACUGAGUCACACUUCUUUGCUUUCAUUGUCUCUCUCUUAAAAACAUGGAAACCCGAGGCGUCAGACUUUAACUCUUGAGAUUUGUUUUAUCUUUAAUUCUCUCUUAUUCCCAAAGCCAAAUCAAAAUUCUCGGUUUAAUUGUUUGUUUGUUAAUUUCAUCAUCGGAAUCUGAAAAAUCCGACGUGACUUGUUUCUUUUCUUCUCGUUUGUUCAUCGUUUGUAAUACCAAAAUGGGAAUUCUAAACCUUUUGUUUACCGUCACAAUCAUCCUCUGCAUAAACUCAUCACACAUACAUGGAUACGAUCCUUUGGAUCCCUAUGGUAAAAUUAUCAUCAAAUGGGAUCUUCUUCUAUCAUCACCUGGCCAUCACGAAGUAAAAGUAACAUUAGAGAACAAGCAAGAGUACCGACACGUGGAAAAGCCAGGGUGGAAGCUGAGAUGGCACUGGGUGAACAAAGAAGUGAUAUGGGACAUGAGAGGAGCUGAGACGACGGAGCAAGGCAAUUGCUCAGCCUUUGCCUCGGGAACCCUCCCUCACUGCUGUCUCCGGCGACCAACCAUCGUCGACCUUCUUCCCGGAGCAGCUCCUCUCAACUCACAAGUCUCCAAUUGCUGCCGUGGAGGCGUCUUGACAUCUAUGUCUCAGGACCACAUCAACCACGUCUCUGCUUUCCACAUGUCCAUCGGAAGCUUUCCUGAUGACCCUGGAGAGUUCAGUAUGCCUUAUAACUUCGACAUAGGUGUCCCCGGUUAUAGCUGCGACAAUGCUACAUCCGUGGUCCCUACUAAGUACAUUGCCGAUAAGGGUCGUCACAAAACGCAAGCUCUAGCAACAUGGGAGGCAGUGUGCGUGUACUCGCAGUUUCGGUCAUCACAGUCACCAAAAUGCUGCGUUUCACUAUCUGCCUUCUACUACCAAAACAUCGUUCCUUGCCCUGUCUGUAGCUGCGGUUGCUCUAGUUCCCAUUGCGUCAAGCCUGGUGAGACGCCGCCAUAUCUUCAACAGAAACAUAAUCCAGAGGAGGAAGUAUCGCCUGUGGUGGAGUGUACGAAGCAUAUGUGUCCCAUCCACAUCCACUGGCAUGUGAAAGUGAACUAUAGAGAGUAUUGGAGGGUUAAGAUCACAGCAUCGAAUUACAACACAAUGAAGAAUUACUCUGACUGGAACUUAGUGGUGCUUCAUCCAAACUUGAAAAGCGUCCAACAAGUCUUCAGCUUUAACUACAAAUCCUUAACACCUUAUAACGACGGCAUCAAUGACACAGGGAUGUUUUGGGGAGUUAAGUUUUACAAUGAUGUUCUGCUUCAAGCAGGAGAGAUUGGAAAUGUGCAGACAGAGUUGUUGCUAAAGAAGGAUAUGGUGGAUUUCACUUUUAGGGAAGGUUGGGCUUUUCCAAGGAGAAUCUUGUUCAAUGGUGAUGAAUGUGUUAUGCCUUCUCCAGAUGACUAUCCCAGGCUGCCCAAUUCGGUUUCUCCCUCUGCUGUUAUUAGCAUUCUUACGAUCGUUUUCUGUUUUCUUCUUCUUUUACUUGCUUGAUGAAAACAUUUUCAUUUCAACCUCCUUUGUUUCAUGCUUUUGACAAUUUCUCUAGAAACAAAGCUUCUGAUAAAGAGAGCUACUUUUCUUUUUUUUGGCAUUAGAUAUCAGGUUUGAAGCAUUGAAAGUUCUUGACCUAUUGUGGAUUUUACAACAGAGAAUAUAUAGGACAAACCUUGCUUAAA